CGGUGUCCCCGCUGCGGCAGCCGCAGCGACUGCGCUGUCCUGGCUGCUGGAGGACGACCGCUGGCUGCGUCCCCCCUCCGCGAGCAGCGGCGGCAGUAGCGGCGCUGCUGCUGCUGCGGUGCCGCACGAGGACCAGGCCAGCGCACCAGCGGCCCUAGGGGAAGACCGGGUAGCCGCGCCUCCGGGUGUCGUCGACUGCGAGCAGGAGCAGCAGCAGCAGCAGCAGGAGCCCGGUGAUGUUAUGGAGGCCGAGUGGGUGCUGCGUCCGCUGCUGCUGCGGCUGGCUGCUCGAUACCUGCUGGCUGAGAAGCGGCGGCGGUUCGCGCUGUGUCCGGUGGCGCACUUCCACCUGCGUAACGGGGCGAGCUGCUGGAGGCUGAACUGGAGGUCCGACAUGGGCCCGCUGGGGCUGCAGCGCAGCUUCGGCAUCAUGGUCAACUACGACUACCAGCUGGGGGCGGUGUACGACAACAACCGCAAGUACCUGCUGCAGCACGAGGUGCAAGCACACCCCCGGGUGCUGGAGCUCCUGCAGUGAGGCAGCGGAGGGGGGGUGCGGCGAGGGGGAGGGAGGACUGCGGCAGGAGAGGGGAGCGGCGGAGGGUUUCGACAGAAAGGCUCGGGAACAAGCAACCUACGCUACAGGGCUGAGUGCUGCAGCAGCCACCCAUGGUGCCUUCCUGUCCGCUUGCUCGAAGUAGCGGUAUGUCACGUGGAGAAAACACAAGAGAGACAUGUUGGCUUGUUGCGUGUAUGUGCUACGCACUGGAAUUGCAAUAUCUUGCGGCAACUCGUGUGGGGGGUUCCGGUCGUAGACGCACCUUGGGGGCUUGUGCUGACUUGAUGGAGGCAGGGGGCACAGCAUGGGUGGUGCUUACAACGCUUGCGCGUGUUGGGAUGUACGCUUUUGCAGUACGGCAGGAUUCCGACUGCGACGACACCCAAACAGUUGGCUAUGUAUGAAACGACGAGCUGACAACCAUUUAUCCAGUUGAAGCUGACCGACUUGUCGCUUUGACAGCGACACUGGUAAUGUAAGAACGCCCAUUUUCCGUCGUAUAGACAUUGCUACCGUAAUGGUUGCGGCUUCGGGCCAAUUCUGCUGCAAACGUAGACACAUAUUCAUUUGUGUAACUGUUCACAGCGGAGGUGUUCUUGGGACGCCAAUUUCUAGUUUGGCUGUUCGCGACAUUACUACCAUCCAGUGUUUCUUAAACCUUUUAGGCUGGGUAAU